AUGUCUCCCGAUUUGAACUCGCUUCCACCAUCGCGCUCGUCCUCGUCCUCGUCCUCUCUCCCUUACCGGAACCCGUCCGCCGCAUCCCCGGGCAACCCCGUCCCCGCACCCGUCAAUCCCGUCAACCCCGGCACCACCUCCCCACGGCCCUCGCGCGGGUCGAGUAUGGGCCGAUUAUCGGUCUCCGAGCGACGUCGAUCGGCUGCCGGCAUGCAUCUCAACCUCAACGAGGCCGUCGCGGCUGCAGCUUCGGGCAAUAACGGCGACGCGCCCUGGUCCGAGCAUCGUAGCUCGAUGGGCCAUGCAUUCCGCACGGCUAGUCCCACCAGUCACGGCGGUAGCCCGGUCUUUGCGACGGCGGACCCGCACCACCAGCGUGCCCCGUCGUUGGGGGAGCUACACCAGGAAUUGGAGCAAGAGCAGGAAGCACAAGUGAACCGUCUGCUGCAGAUGAUUCGCAGUCAGCAGACCCAGUUGCAACAGUACCAGCAGCAGAAUCAACAGCAGAAUUCGUCGGCCUCGGGGACCGCAGUCAUCGAUGAUACCACCCCGGGUUCAGAGCGGUCGACUACGUUCUUCCCCCCUAUGCCUCUACCAGCCACAGGGCCCAGCAACCGAUUGUCGAUCUCCUCCUCACUCUCCAACCGCCGAUCAUCACGUCCUUCCAGCCAGGCGACCUCGCCGAACCUACGGCCACAAGAUGCCUCUCGGGGAUCAGAGGGUAUGGAUGCAUUCCCGGGCCUGCGGGAAAGCACAUCCCGACGGGGCAGCCGUGAUGAGGGUGCAUACUACCAAGCCGAGGCGGCUAUGCUGAGCCGAGAGAAUCAGAUGUUGCGCCAACGUGUUCGAGAGCUAGGUAAGUUAGCCCCGGUUCACGCCUCCUCCCGCAAUAAACCCCGCGGAGUACCCCACCCCGACGCGGAGCCCCUAAUUCUCCGCACUGCUCUCCGAACAAUAUCAUCUAACCCACCCCCAGAACGGCAGAUUGGCGAUUUGACUACCUCUACGAGACCAGCUGCCGAAUCGGGCCCAGUGUCGGGGCAAGAGGGUCCCGAAACGGCCGACCCACAGGCUGUGCGAUCGGCAGACGGGAAAGACUGA